AUGCCACCGGUUCAAACUUAUAACACAAGAGCUGAAAAACAACUUGAAAUAGGUUAUGCUACUACAUCAAUAGCCAUGUGUCAAUCAAAACUCGGAAGAUUUAUUGCUGAUAAAUUCAAUGAUGAUGCACCAAUGUCAUUGAAUGCCAUUGGUAUUCGACUUCAAGAUAUAAUUGACAGAGAACUCAUAGCUAACAAAGAUCCGGAAUCGUCUAAAGCAAAUGAAUUAUUAAAUAAAUUUUUAACAGAUCUUUCUAAUGAUCAUAUUAAACACCUUAUACGUUUGUACACAUUGGAAACAAAUUUUUAUUCAUCUCUAAGACAAAAUCCAAUGCCAUUAGCAUUACCUUUGUAUAUAAAAUUACAAACAUUAAAAGAUCGGUAUUUCAAAGGACUAUCGUAUCGUGGUGCAAAAAUGACCGAUGAUGAAAUUGCAACGUAUGAAUGGGCUGUUCAAAAUCGUGGAAGUCUUUUGCAAACUAAACAUUUUUCAUCAACUUCUCAAGAUCGUUCUGUUGCUGAAGGGUUUGCAGAUGCAGUAAUUGAAACUCCUGACAAUAUUCGAAAAAAUCGUGUUGUGUUCAUAUUCAAUUUUCCCAUAGAAUGUGAUCAAGCGAUAAAUUUAAGUCGAAUAUCUGACACACAACCAUGUCUAUCAGAAUUUGAAGAUGAGAAUGAAGUUUUAGUAUUACCAUGGACAUUAUUUCAAGUUGAUUAUGUUUACAAAGACUCAUCAACAUCAUAUACAAUCUAUUUAACGAACGUUUCAUUACCGCAAAAAAGUCUUUUUUCAUCAUUCAAGUGGAUAUUAAAACAUCCUAAAGGUUCUAUAGAUCGAUUUCAUGAACAUUUUCCAGAAAGGAAACCAGAUUUUAUUGUAAAACAUCUCAUGAAUAGCGGUUUCAGAUUUGAUCAUCCAAUGGUUAAGAAGAAUGAUGAAUAA